GAUGUUGCCACUUCCGGGAGUGUGGUUUAAUGGUGAGGUUAUGGCAGUAAGAGGUUCGGUGCAACGUUGAUCGUAUGAUUUAUUUGUUUUGGUUUCAUUAAAUACCUGAUAGCUAAGACUUACGGAGCUUUUUGAAGCUUGGUGUGGCCCAACUACUGAGGAGGCAAACGGUUUACAGGCUUCUUCUGGCUACUCUGCUGGCAUUUUACAGGAACAGCUUCUCAACAUAAAAGGUUAAAGUACAGUAAUCAAGUGCUGUAGGCAGCUGGUGAUGACCUGUUGAGAACAAUUACAUUCUUCUGUUUUUAUUAGUAAAAUAUUGCCAUUAAAGAUGAAGUUAAAAGAGGAUGGAAACCCAAUUAUUUUGUAUCUGUUCCACGGUGUGAUAUGGCUAUAUUCUGUUAUAAUAUUCAUUCCUUGGUAUAUUCUUUCUGGUGCUGGGCAGAAGUUAGCAAAAGCACAUCGAGUUAAAGCCAAGCCUGUGAAUGAUGACAGUGGUAGUCCUUACAGAUCGGUGAAUAGCCAGCACUGCCUAGCGUCUGUUUUAUAUCCUGGCUGUGAUACACUAGGCAAAGUGUUUGAGUACUGUAGAACCAAGUUCAAAGAUAAUGACUGCCUUGGCACCCGAGAACUUCUCAGUGAAGAAGAUGAAGUCCAAACAAAUGGAAAAGUUUUUAAAAAGGUUAUUCUCGGGCAGUACAUUUGGUUAUCCUUUGAACAAGUCUAUCAGCAAGCAUUGGAGCUUGGAUGCGGCCUGGCAAGACUAGGACAGAAGCCUAAGAAAAAUAUAGCCAUCUUCUGUGAGACCAGAGCUGAGUGGAUGAUUACUGCACAGGCUUGCUUUUUGCAUAACUUCCCACUUGUAACAUUGUACUCUACACUGGGAGGACCAGCAAUUAAACAUGCGAUAAAAGAAGCUGAAGUCACUCAUAUUAUUACCAGCAAAGAGCUUCUGAAAACAAAAUUAAAGGCUAUUCUACCAGAAGUUCCAAAAUUGCAACACAUUGUUGUCGUAGACGAUAAGCCAGCGGUUUCAUCUGGAUACCCUUCUAACAUUACAGUUCACACUAUGGCAGCUGUUCAAGCCUUGGGAUUCAGUACAGAAAUCAAAGAUGAACUUCAUAAGCCUCUGCCAUCAGACAUUGCAGUAAUUAUGUAUACAAGUGGAUCUACAGGAAUCCCUAAGGGUGUAAUGAUCUCACACGCUAAUCUCAUUGCUGGUGUUACUGGCAUGUCGGAAAGAGUUCAUAACCUUACGGAUAAGGACACUUACAUUGGCUAUUUGCCACUAGCGCAUGUACUUGAACUGAGUGCAGAACUUACUUGUUUAUCACAUGGGGGUCGUGUUGGCUAUUCUUCACCUCAGACUCUAGCUGAUCAGUCUACCAAGAUCAAGAAGGGAAGCAAGGGAGAUGCAAGUGUUCUUAAACCAACCCUAAUGGCUGCUGUUCCAGAGAUUAUGGAUCGUAUCUACAAGAAUGUCAUGAACAAAGUGAAUGCCAUGAGCAGCUUCCAGCAGACAUUGUUUGUAUUAGCUUACAACUACAAAUUGGAACAGAUCUCUAAAGGCUAUAGCACACCUCUCUGUGACAGGUUGGUUUUCAGAAAGGUUCGAUCUUUACUUGGUGGGAAAACACGGUUGAUUCUGUCUGGUGGAGCACCACUAUCUCCAGCAACACAGCGAUUCAUGAAUGUUUGCCUUUGUUGUCCUGUUGGUCAGGGAUAUGGAUUAACAGAGACUUGUGGGGCUGGGGCUAUCAGUGAAGUUUAUGACUACAGUACCGGUCGUGUAGGUGCACCUCUUGUUUGCUGCGAGAUCAAGCUGAAAGACUGGGCAGAAGGUGGAUAUCAUAAUACAGAUAAGCCAUAUCCUCGAGGAGAAAUUCUUAUUGGUGGCCAGAAUGUCACAAUGGGUUACUACAAAAAUGAAGCUAAAUCCAAAGAAGAUUUUAUUGUGGAUAAAAAUGGUCAAAGAUGGUUUUGCACCGGGGACAUAGGAGAAUUUCAUUCAGAUGGCUGCCUUAAGAUCAUUGAUCGAAAGAAAGAUUUAGUAAAGCUUCAGGCCGGCGAGUAUGUGUCACUUGGUAAGGUUGAAUCUGCUUUGAAGAAUUCUUCCUUAAUAGAUAACAUCUGUGUGUAUGCAAACAGUGACCAGUCGUAUGUGAUCGGUUUUGUUGUACCAAACCAGAAAGAACUUAUGGCUCUUGCAGAAAAGAAAGGCAUCAGAGGGCAGUGGGAGGACAUCUGUAAUAAUGCCGAGAUAGAGAAAGAAAUUCUUAGAGAAAUUACAGCUGUCGCUGUUACAGCUGAACUAGAAAAAUUUGAAGUCCCAGCAAAGAUCCGUCUUAGUCCUGAGCCAUGGACUCCUGAAACAGGACUAGUCACUGAUGCUUUCAAGCUGAAGAGGAAGGAGCUGAAGAAUCAUUAUCAGGAUGACAUUGAGAGAAUGUACGGAGGAAAAUAACAUAUUCUCUUUGCAAUUCUUUACAUUGACAUGUCCUGCUAAAAAUGGGCUCGGAUCAAACGGAAUAUACUUGAAAACAUUUUUCACACACCAAACCAAAAAUGUUCUUGUUAUUCUCGUUGACUAAUGGACCAGCUUUUGUUAGUAGUACCAGUAAAUACUGAAGAACACACAGUGGGCUCUGUUUUGUCUAAGAUCAGUCCAGUCGAUAUGAAAAAUAGGAAGUUUUCUUUGUAUGAUAUGUCUGCAUAGUUACUUUUCUACAAAAGAUCCACACAAAAUAUUGAAAGGCUGGAAUAAUCAGAAUUAUUUAUUACCAUUUGUUCAGCCUGUUACAUCUUUCAGCUUUAGAAAUGAAAGGAAAUGUUGAUAUGUUUUGACUGGCUAUUUAUUUCUAGUGUCUACCCGUGUUCUUGUUGUUUGACUUUUGUUGCUGAAUUAGUUUUUUCUACUGCAUUUGUUACUGUUGAGAACAUUUCUGUCCUUAUUGUUUGCAUGUUUUUUCCUUUAUCCUGAAUAUUUUGUCUUAUCCUGUGACACCAGUACAGGCCUACAGAUGGGUGCCUGAAGUGUUGUGACCCAUACUGAGGGCUAUAGUGAAAGUAUAUGAGGCAGCAGCAGCUGCUAGAGAAACAGGAUAUAGAUUUUAGAGCUGUGAUAAAAUGUUGACAAAAUAAAUGAGUUUAUUCAGCAA